AUGGAAUUGAUUGUAGUAGGUGAUUUAUAACUGAUAAAGAAAUUAAGCAAAUUUCAGGAAAAAGUAGGGAUAAUAGGACUUGAAAUUGCAGCAAAAAUCAAAGGGCAAAAUUAUAAGCCACAUUGAGAAACCCAAUCUAUACAGGCGGCAGCAGUGGCUAUGGUGAUUGUUGAGAGAGUGAGGUGGAGAGAGCAGUAAGGUCUUCCAAGGCUAAUUCUCGGUCCCCAGACCCAGAGCCAUUAUUACAAACAUGCCUAGUUUGAUGUCUCUCUCUUCUUUCGCACUCCUCACACCCCCUACCUUCAACUUCAAACCCACCACACUCCCUCCUAAUCCCUCACUUCCCUAUCUCUCCAUAACAUGUUCCUCAGACAACAACCCUAAACCAACCAGAAGCAGCUCCUGGGUGAGCCCUGACUGGCUGACCUCUCUGAGCCGGUCUCUCACCAUGGGCCAAGACGACUCCGGUAUACCCAUGGCCACUGCUAAACUGGAUGACGUGUCUGAGCUCCUGGGUGGUGCCCUCUUCCUUCCUUUGUUCAGAUGGAUGAAUAUGUACGGACCCAUUUACCGGCUCGCCGCCGGGCCCCGCAAUUUUGUGGUUGUCAGUGACCCGGCUAUUGCUAAGCAUGUUCUGAGGAAUUAUGGCAAAUACGCCAAGGGUCUCGUGGCCGAGGUUUCGGAAUUUUUGUUCGGAUCGGGUUUUGCCAUUGCGGAAGGCGAGCUUUGGACGGUGAGGCGCAGGGCUGUGGUUCCUUCUCUUCACAAGCGAUACUUAUCCAUAAUUGUUGAUCGGGUGUUUUGCAAAUGUGCUGAGAGAUUGGUAGAGAAUCUUAGAACUGAUGCACUCAAUGGCAGUGCUGUAAACAUGGAGGAGAAGUUUUCUCAAUUGACUCUGGAUGUCAUCGGUCUAUCUGUGUUCAACUACAAUUUUGAUUCACUUACUGCUGAUAGUCCUGUUAUUGAUGCAGUUUACACUGCAUUGAAAGAGGCUGAGGCUCGAUCAACUGACCUUUUACCAUACUGGAAGGUCAAAGCUUUGUGUAAGAUAAUCCCUAGACAAAUAAAAGCUGAAGAAUCAGUAACAGUAAUAAGGAAAACUGUAGAAGAACUUAUUGCUAAGUGCAAAGAAAUUGUGGAAAGAGAGGGUGAGAGGAUUGAUGAGGAUGAAUAUGUUAAUGACUCAGAUCCAAGCAUCCUUCGUUUCUUGCUUGCUAGCAGAGAAGAGGUUUCAAGUGUGCAGUUACGAGAUGACCUUUUAUCAAUGUUGGUUGCUGGGCAUGAGACCACUGGUUCAGUGUUGACUUGGACAUUAUAUCUUUUAAGUAAGAACUCUUCUUCUCUGAUGAAAGCACAAGAAGAGGUCGACAGGGUUUUACAGGGAAGGUCUCCCUCGUAUGAAGAUAUAAAGGAUCUCAAGUUCUUAACACGUUGCAUAAAUGAGUCCAUGCGUCUAUACCCUCAUCCUCCUGUUUUGAUAAGAAGAGCUAAAGUCGCUGAUGUGCUUCCUGGAAAUUACAAGGUCAAUGCUGGUCAAGAUAUAAUGAUUUCAGUAUAUAAUAUCCAUCACUCCUCUCAGGUCUGGGAAAGAGCAGAAGAUUUUCUGCCAGAAAGAUUCGACUUAGAAGGUCCUGUGCCUAAUGAAACAAAUACAGAUUUCAGAUUCAUUCCAUUUAGUGGGGGCCCACGUAAGUGUGUUGGUGAUCAGUUUGCUUUGCUGGAAGCGAUUGUUGCACUUGCAAUCUUUGUGCAGCACAUGAAUUUUGAGCUGGUUCCUGAUCAGAAUAUUAGCAUGACUACCGGGGCAACCAUUCAUACAACAAAUGGCUUGUACAUGAAAUUGACUCAAAGGCAAAUUCCAUCUGCAUUUGUUCCAACAUCUUCUAGGUGGAAAGUGGAAGGGACUCUCUCCUUCAUCCAACCAAGGCCAAGAGAAGAGAGUGCAGUCUACAGAAAGAAAAAGAGGCAGUCAUGGAAGACGAAACCUUGGAGAGCCGAAAUCAAGCCAGAUUGGCUAUAUUGGAGCUCACCAACAUGAUCAGUGUCCCUAUGUGCCUCCACGCUAUCGUACGCCUCAACGUCCCUGA